GUACCGCGGGGGCGGAGCCUCACGGCUGCGGGGGCGGAGCCUGCCGCUCUCCGCGCGCCGGUUCCGGUCUCGCGGCGGGCGCGGGUGUUUUCGGGCCUCAGCGACCGGCGGUGCCUGGGAGCAUCAUGGCCGCGGCCGCGUGGAUGCCGGCGGUUUCUCGAUUGCUAGGUGCUUUCAAAAACCAAAAACAGGUGACCAGAAGUUUUAGUAGUGCUGUACAAACAGUAACUUUAAUCCCAGGAGAUGGCAUAGGACCUGAAAUUUCUACUGCUGUCAUGAAGAUCUUUGAUGCUGCCAAAACUCCUAUUCAGUGGGAAGAAAGGAAUGUUACAGCUAUCCAAGGACCAGGAGGGAAGUGGAUGAUUCCUCCAGAUGCCAAAGAAUCCAUGGAUAAAAACAAAAUGGGAUUAAAAGGGCCUUUAAAGACCCCAAUUGCUGCAGGACACCCAUCCAUGAACCUGCUCCUGCGUAGAACCUUUGACCUUUAUGCAAACGUCCGUCCCUGUGUCUCAAUCGAAGGGUACAAAACCCCAUACACAGAUGUGAACAUUGUCACAAUUCGAGAGAACACAGAAGGCGAAUACAGUGGAAUUGAGCACGUGAUUGUUGAUGGUGUUGUGCAAAGUAUCAAGCUGAUCACAGAAGAAGCCAGCAAGCGUAUUGCAGAAUUUGCUUUUGAAUAUGCCAGAAACAACCAGAGAAGCCACGUUACUGCUGUGCACAAGGCAAACAUUAUGAGAAUGUCUGAUGGGCUUUUCUUGAGAAAAUGCCGGGAAGCAGCAGAAAACUGUAAAGACAUUAAAUUUAAUGAAAUGUACCUGGAUACUGUGUGUCUGAAUAUGGUUCAAGAUCCAUCACAGUUUGAUGUGCUUGUUAUGCCAAACUUGUACGGCGACAUCCUCAGUGACUUGUGCGCUGGACUGAUUGGGGGUCUUGGAGUAACACCAAGUGGCAAUAUUGGUGCUAAUGGAGUUGCCAUUUUUGAAUCGGUUCACGGAACAGCACCGGACAUUGCAGGAAAAGACAUGGCAAAUCCAACUGCCCUUUUGCUGAGUGCUGUGAUGAUGUUGCGUCACAUGGGACUACACAAGCAUGCUGCAAAAAUUGAGACAGCUUGCUUUGAAACAAUUAAAGACGGAAAGGUCUUGACAAAAGACUUGGGAGGUAAUGCCAAGUGUUCGGAAUUCACAGAGGAGAUCUGCCGCAGAGUAAAGGACAAAGACUAAAUUUUUCUCAUACUACCUGUAAUAACUCCAAAAGGACACAGCACACAAAGUACAUUAUAUAUGAUAUCCAUACGCGUAUAGUUUGCUUGUCUCUUGAGAGCAAACUUUUUAGUUAGGGCCUCUCCAUUAAUAAAGUCAGUCCAAAUGGCUAUGAAUGAUGCUUGUGCCUGCUUUCAGUGGACUUGAAGUGUUUUUUCAUAUUUAUUUUUUUCUAUCUAGUGAACAUUUUUAUGUCAGUGAAUUCUUUCAUUGCCACUGGAGCUGUUCUACCAUUUUCCAUUUCACCUGGAGGUUUUUACUUUCCACAAAGAAAAGAAAAUGCAAAUAAACCAGUAAUAGAAUUAAUGAAAUAUAAAAGCACCUUAAUGGUUAAAAUCUACUUUAUUGAUCUUGCUGGAAUUUAUGAGAUAGGUUUUCAGCCUAACAGGAGCACAUGAAGACCUGCAUAGACAGAAACGGGUAUGAAGUUAACUAAAAAUGGCAAUUUCAUGUUAAAACCAAUGAAGAAACCACUUUAGUUACUCUGGUAAUUCAUGAAGUAUAGCCUUGCCCUGCAAGGGCAUGAAUAAAGGAAUACAGAACCCUAGA